AUGGACGCGAUCUUGGCAGCUCUCGUCGCGCUGAUGGCAAUAGCCGCAGCAAUGGCUGCCGUGCUGAGCACCCUCUCGAAGGCUGCGAUCUUCGCUCUACUAGCCAUCGCUCCCUGCGUGUACCGUUACAGAAAACGCAUCUAUGUGAUCAUUAAAACGUUUCCCCGUGAUUUUAAAUUCUUGCGGCGGUAUGCCAGGUCCAUUUUCCGGUCUAAGAGAUGGGGUCGGCAAAAUGCAACUGUGGCAGAGCUGUUUACGAAGCGAGCCCUCAAGUAUCCAGAUGACCCUUGUUUUAUCGUGGUCGAUGAUCGUACAUGGACAUUUAAACAGAUGGCGGAAAAGUCCAACCAAGUGGCGCGGGUUAUGCAGGAGCACGUGGGCCUGACUCGCGGUGACGUGGUGUGCGUUUUCAUGCCCAACUGUGGGGAGUACGUGUGGACGUGGCUGGGCAUGGCGAAGGUGGGCGCGGUGUCGGCGCUAAUCAACAGCAACCUGCGGCACAAGCCACUCCUUCACUGCAUACAGGUCGCCAAGGCGAAGGCGAUUAUCUUUUCGGAUAGCCUGGCGGCAGCUGUAGCAGAAGUCCGAGACCAGUUGCCUGCUGAGUUGAAGCUCUUCCAACUGUACGGAAAAUGCGCUGCGGACGUAAUUGACUUUGGGGCGGAGAUGGGCAAGCACGCGCCCGAAUACCCGAUAGUGGUCGACAAGCCGCAGUACAAAGACCCUAUGCUCUACAUCUACACGUCGGGCACCACCGGAAUGCCCAAAGCGGCGGUGUUGCCAAACUCCAAAUACCUCCUCGUGGUUGUGGCGACCGUGCACAUGCUGGGGCUGAGGUCCUCAGACCGCCUGUACAACCCGCUGCCGCUGUACCACACGGCAGGCGGUCUCAUCGGCACGGGCGCGGCACUGGUGGACGGGAUACCCUCGGUGCUGCGCGCCAAGUUCUCCGUUUCCAACUAUUGGAGUGACUGCAUCAAGUACGAGUGCACGGUGGCCCAGUACAUCGGCGAGAUGUGCCGCUACCUGCUGGCUCAGCCGCCGCGGCCUACGGAUUCGCAGCACCGCAUUCGCAUCAUGGUAGGCAACGGAAUGCGCCCCGCCAUCUGGCAGCAAAUGGUGGACAGGUUUAAAGUGCCACAGAUAAACGAAAUCUACGGGGCGACGGAGGGCAACGCCAAUAUCAUUAACGUGGACAACAAGGUGGGCGCGGUGGGUUUCCUGCCGAAGGUGGUGCCGGCCAGCCUUCACCCCAUCGCACUGGUGCGGACCGACGAGCAGGGCGCCCUGGUGCGCGGCCCCGACGGCUUCUGCAUACGCUGCCAGCCCAACGAGCCUGGCAUGUUCAUUGGAUUGAUUUCUCAAGGCAACGCAUCUAGGGAGUACCACGGAUACGUUGAUAAGAGCGACAGCAACAAGAAGCUGGUGCGCGACGUGUUCCGCAAGGGCGACGCGGCGUUCGUGAGCGGCGACAUUCUGGUCGCCGACGAGCUCGGCUACCUGUACUUCCGCGACCGCACCGGCGACACGUACAAGUGGAAGGGCGAGAACGUCGCCACCGCCGAAGUGGAGGACGCCCUCAUCGUGGCCGUGGAGCGGCGCGAUUGCGUCGUCUACGGCGUCUCGAUCCCGCAAACUGAGGGUCGCGCUGGUAUGGCGGCCAUCGCGGACCCCACACGCUCGCUGGACCUCGGCAAGCUGGCGUGCGACCUUGACCUCUCUCUGCCCUCGUACGCCCGACCUCUCUUUCUGCGCAUCAUGAACGACAUCGAAAUCACAGGCACAUUCAAGCUCAAAAAACUUCAGUACCAAAAAGAAGGCUUCGAUCCGGACGUGAUUAAAGAUCCGCUGUACUUUAGAUCUGGCGCAGAAUUCGUUCCUAUCACAUCUCAGUUGUUCAAAGAUAUUUGCAACGGUAAAGUGAAACUA